UUGGGAUGCAUCUACCCUUGCCAUUGGUUUUAACUCUUUCUUUCUCCUUGUUCCAUUGACCGCGCGCUCACCGAUUACUUCACUCAGCUAAUCAAACAAAGCUCAACUCAAAAAUUCCAUUCCCAUGAAAAGUUCAAAGAUUUGCUCUGUGAGAGGCUCGGGUGCGUUAUCAGUCGCAGGUAAAUCGUAAACACAAUAAAUUUUGGUCUCGGUGGUUUCUUCUUGCUCUUGUUGCGGUAGUGGGAUUAGCACGACCUAUAAGGUAUUUGUGUUAUUGACUGUGUAAGAAGUGAUGGAUUCAGAUUCAGUCUCACUCUUAUCAUCAAUCAAUAAACCUAUUACCCUAAUUCGUUCCACAGAACAAGCAAAAGGGAAACCCAUUAUGAUUUUUACCACUCUGAUAGUUACUACUUGCAUCACUCUUUCUGCAGCUACAGCUAUUACUUUUUUCAUUCUUUUCUUCUCAUCCGCCAUUUCCGUCUCCCCACCAUCUUCUACUACUGCUGAUGAGGUCUCUAGGCCGCUGACCAAGCUCAAACACCCAGUUGUUCUCUUGAUUUCAUGCGAUGGGUUCAGAUAUGGGUAUCAGUACAAAACCCACACUCCAAAUAUUGAUAGGUUAGUCAAGAACGGGACAGAAGCGGAGUUGGGCUUAAUUCCGGUGUUCCCAACUUUGACUUUCCCUAACCAUUAUUCAAUUGUAACUGGUUUAUACCCUGCUUAUCACGGCAUUAUAAACAAUCACUUUCUUGAUCCCAAAACUGGCGAGCCUUUCAGCAUGCAAAGCCAUGAACCGAAGUGGUGGCUUGGUGAGCCACUCUGGGAGACUGUGGUGAAUCACGGUUUGGAGGCUUCAACUUAUUUCUGGCCCGGUUCUGAGGUAAAGAAAGGUUCCUGGAAAUGUCCUGAGUUCUACUGUAAGGCGUAUAACGGUUCUGUGGACUUCCACGAGAGAGUUGAUACUGUGUUGAGUUACUUUGAUCUGCCCGAUCAUGAAAUCCCUUCAUUCAUGACGUUGUACUUCGAAGACCCGGAUCAUCAGGGACACAUAGUGGGACCCGAUGACCCUCAGAUCACAGAGGCAGUCGGUAGAAUCGACGGUUUAAUCGGGAGGUUGAUUCACGGGCUGGAACAACGGGGAGUUUUUGAUGAUGUCAGCAUUAUAAUGGUGGGUGAUCACGGCAUGGUUGGCACCUGCGACAAAAAGAUAGUCUUUUUAGAUGAUUUGGCUCCUUGGGUUGAAAUCCCAGAGGGCUGGGUCCAAGACUAUACACCGUUACUUGCAAUUAGUCCACCUGCUAAUUAUUCAGCAAAGGACAUUGUUUCCAAGAUGAAUGAAGGCUUAAGUUCAGGGAGCGUUGAGAAUGGGCAGUAUUUGAAAGUCUAUCUAAAGGAGGAGCUGCCUAGCAGGCUGCAUUAUUCUGUCAGUGAUAGGAUUCCUGCAGUUAUAGGUUUACUUGAUGAAGCAUAUAAGCUCGAGAAGACAAAGAAAAAUACGGAAGAAAAAGAAUGUGGCGGGGCGCAUGGGUAUGACAAUGCGUUCUUCUCAAUGAGAACCAUCUUUAUUGCACACGGACCUCAGUUUGCCCGGGGACGGAAAGUUCCAUCUUUUGAGAAUGUUCAGAUAUACAAUUUGGUGACCAAAAUCCUCAACAUAAGUGAUGGUGCAAGAAAUAACGGGACACUCUCCUUUCCCGAUGAAGUUCUUCUUCCAAGCCUGUCAUUCAGAGAUUAGUUGAUAUGUGGAACAAUUUGAAGAGAGCAAUGAUAUGUGUUUACCGUUUUGAACAUGCGUACAAGUUAAAAAUGUCAAAGAUGAAGAAACUCAUUUGAGGGAGGGAGCUGAGGGGUUCACUUUUGUAAGUGGAUAGUUUCUCUCUACUUUCAAUUCUCUGAGUACUUUAUUAGCUCUGUCCAGGGGGGCAUACCUUUGAAUUGCUAGCCAAAUGAUGCCAUCAUGUUGUUGCUAUUGUAUUAUUAUCAUUGAUACUGUAAUAAAAUUAGCAACUCUUUGUUAGUGAUGCUGUCUUAAGUUUUGCACCUAUGUUACCUAUCAUUGGUUUUUUGUUCAAAAAUAAUACUAUCGUAAUUGUGUUCUUCAAAAAUCACUUUUC